CUUGCAUGUUUGCCCGCUGCCAACGUCAUCCGUGCAGGCAGAAGCAAUCCUCUGCACGGAACUUGCUCGAUUUAUUCCCGCACACUACUCAUGCUCCCUCAGUUGAAGUCUUCGUUGCACAAUGACUUGGGAUGAGUCCAGAAAGCUGCUCUCGCACAAUAUGAGCCAAUUUGCAGCUAUCCGGAGCCAGCGAGGCUUUCGGAUUGUCUUCGCGGCUAUCGCAGUCAUAUUUGCACUUUCCAUCUUCAUGCUGCUUCCGCCAGCAUCAACGACGACCAAAGUUCUCGGAUUCGGGCAGGGACAGAAGCCCACGACCCAGUCAUCUUCAGCUGAGGCUAUCACGAUAGAUACUAGUCUUAUCACCGAUCUAUCCCAAUACUUUGCGGACUAUCCCAUCCAGAAACCCUUCAAAGAGAAGUUCGGCGAGCUAGGCCGCCGCAACCGAGUUCUCCGCGACUGGCUCAUUCAAGCCGAAACCUCCCAGGACUCUACCACCAAGUCCAUCUUACGCAACGCGAUUGAAGAAGUCGCCAUUGCGCAAUAUCCUUUCCUGCAACCUCCCAAGCAGACUCAGUCCCACCAAUCUAGAUCUUCCCGUCACCCAGUACAAGACCUCCGCGCUUCCUUCGAGCCCGACUCUGCCGGUAUCGUCAUCCCAACCAGCGACCAUACCCUCCGUUAUGCCGCUCACCUUAUUGCCUCGCUUCGCUCUGUCCUCAACUCUACUCUGCCUAUUCAAGUUGUCUACGCAGGCGAUGACGACCUCUCCCCUACGAACCGGAACCACCUGUUGACUUUGGCUGCCUCUGGCCCCGCCAUCACCUUCCUCAACAUCCUCACCGUCUUCGAUGACACAACCCUCAAGUUGAAAACAGGCGGUUGGGCCAUAAAACCCUUCGCGGCAUUGGCCUCCCCUUUCGAGAAAGUUAUCCUUGCAGAUGCCGAUGCUGUCUUCCUACAACCCCCGGAAGCACUCCUCCAGCAUGACGCCUUCGUCAACAAAGGCGUGCUUCUUUUCCACGAUCGUCUCCUUUGGAAGCACGCUUUCGAGGGCCGUCACGAGUGGUGGCGGGAUCAGAUACGCCGACCUAGUAAAGAGAUGGACACCUCUCUUGUCUGGACGGAAGAUUACGCCGAAGAAGCAGACUCGGGUCUCGUGGUGCUCGACAAAAGUAGGCCGGAUACAUUCAUGGGACUGUUGCAUAUCUGCUGGCAGAAUACGUACGAUGUGCGCGAGGAAACUACGUAUAAGAUCACUUACGGGGAUAAGGAGAGCUGGUGGUUGGGAUUGGAGUUAGCUGGCGCCGAGUAUGAGUUCUCGAAGCACUACGGAGGCAUCGUCGGGUGGGAGAAUGUUGAUGAUAAGGAAAGAGUAGGUGUAUGUAGUUUUGUGAUAGCGCAUGUGGAUGCUAAGGGGCGGUUGCUGUGGUAUAAUGGCAGUUUGUUGAAGAACAAGGGACAGGUUGGUAUGGAGGAUGUCUAUGAGGUUCCGGAUAAGUGGAUGAUUGAUGCAGAGUGGGUUAAAGGGGCGAGGAAACAGGACCAUAGUUGUAUGGUCGGUGGUGAGGUCAGGGAGCUUACAAGGGACGAGUUGGAUGUGCUGCAGAGGUCGAUUGCUGCCGCAAGGCAGGUGGAUACGCUGGUGCGUACAAGUUGACCUUAUACAUAUAGUUAUAGAUUUACGUUGCUACUAGGCUAUCUCGGAGUUUUUAAUUCAGCGAUAUACCCACUGA